AAUCGUUGCCUUCAUCCGAAAGAUCCCGGAAACUGCCGAGGACAAUUCAUCCGUUGGUACUGGGACACUGAAAAAAAGCCAAUUUCCGAACUAAAAAAAUUCUAUUUCAAGAUCUGCGAUGUGUUCACUUACACCGGAUGUCAGGGAAAUGGCAACAAUUACGCUAGUCGUGAGGAAUGUAUGGCAAUCUGCCACAAAGAAUCAGCUCCAGUGGUCGUCAGUGACUUCGCAAAUGUUUGUAAGCACGAUGUGGACGCUGGCGAGUGCAAUGGCGUAUUCCAG